AUGCGGCGAAUGAAGCAGCGGGAAAUGCGAUCUCGAGCGCUGACCAUGGUCCUCGUAAUGUUCGCCGGAACGGUCGCGAUUGCGCCGCCGGCGAGCGCCGAAACGCAGAUCGAGCUGCGUCUUCCCGAGGCCAACUUACCGGGGCUCGAGGGGCCGGCGCGAGUGCGUCGCGACGCCAACGACAUCCCGCACAUCUUCGCACUUUCCGAGGCCGAUGGGCAGUUCAUGCUGGGCUACGUCCACGCCCAGGACCGGUUCUUCCAGAUGGACACCCUGCGCCGCACCUUCAGCGGUACGUCGGCAGAGUUGUUCGGUGAUUCGGCGCUGCCCCAAGAUGUGCAGCUGCGCACCUUGGGUCUGCGCCGUGCUGCCGAAGCCUCGCUCGCGGCGGUCUCUGACGAGGUUCGAACUUGGCUCGACGCCUACGCCGCCGGGGUCAACGCCUGGCUCGGCUCGACCGCGGCUUUGCCGCCGGAGUAUGCCGCCCUGGAGAUUACCCAGGUGCAGGCGUGGAACCCGAUCGAUUCGCUGGCGGUGGUCAAGGGUUUGGCCUUCGGCCUAUCGUUCGAUCUCGGCGACAUCGACUUCACCCAGGCACUCUUGACCUUCCAGGGGGUCGGCGCGGUGGCGGGCUUCGAUGGCAUGGCGCUGUUCUCGGAAGAUCUCUACCGCACGGCGCCGUUCGAUCCAUCGAUCUCGAUUCCCUUUGCCCAGCCAAGCUCCGCCGAGACCGACGGGCCGAGCACGCCGGCCAAGCGAGCCGAUUACCUCGACGAAAGCACCCUGGCACUGAUCCGUGAUUUCAAGGCCAAAGCUAGCGAAGUGCCGCUGCUGAAGGAAGCCAUCGACCGCCGCAACACCCCCAAGGGCAGUAACUGGUGGGUCGUCGGCGGCGAGCACACUGAUUCCGGCUACCCGGUGCUGGCCAACGAUCCCCACCUGGCGCUCAACGCGCCGUCGACGUUCUACGAAUCCCACGUCCGUAUGCGCUCCGACGACGGCAUCCCGAUCAACGUCAGCGGCAUCAGCUUUGCCGGCGCCCCGGGCAUCGUGCUGGGCUGCAACCCGUGGAUCUGCUGGGGCGCCACGGUGCAUCCAAUGGACGUCACCGACGUCUACCAGGAGCAGCUAGUGGUCGAUCCCAAUUCUGGGCUGCCGGUAGGUACCGUCUACCAGGGCAACACCGAGCCGCUGGUGUUGAUCCCCCAGACCUUCAUGGUCAACGUGGUGGGUGACACGGUCGCCGACAACCUGGUCGACGCCGGUAUCGGGCCGCUCGACGGCGGCGUGACCCUGGUGGUGCCGCGGCGCAACAACGGGCCGAUCGUGCAAGUCGACUUCAGCAAUCCGCUGGCGCCGACCGCCCUCAGCGUGCAAUACACCGGUUGGGGACCGACCACCGAACUCGAUGCCUUCCGCGGUUUCGGCAUGGCGCGUAACAUCGACCAGUUUGCCGACGCUGUGCAGUCCUUCGACGUCGGCUCGCAGAACUUCGGCUACGCCGACAUCGACGGCAACAUCGCCUACUUCACCAGCGCCGAGAUGCCGCUUCGCGAAGAUCUCCAAACUCUCCACGUUCCCGAUGGAGGCAUUCCGCCCUACUUCAUCCGCGAUGGCACCGGCAGCCUGAUGCAUGAGUGGAUGCCGCUCAGCAACCCGCAGCCCGAUCAAAACCUCGGCUUCGAGAUCUUGCCCUACGCCGAGAUGCCGCAGCUGCGAAAUCCGAGCGCCGGCUACAUCCUGAAUGCCAACAACGAUCCGGUGGGCACGUCGCUCGACAACAACCCGCUCAACCAGGUGCGCCCUGGCGGCGGGCUCUACUACCUCAGCCCGGGCUAUGCCAGCGGCUUUCGCAUGGGCCGCCUGCAGCGGUUGUUCGAUGGCACUGUCGGCCAGGGCGAGGAUCUAACCGUCGACGAAGUCGCCGCUUUCCAGGGCAACAACCAGCUGCUCGACGCCGAGGCUCUGGUGCCCUAUCUAGUGGCGGCGGCGGUCAACGCGGCAUUGCCGGAUGCGCCGGCCGAGCUGGCGGCUCUGGGUGCUGACGCCGAGAUCGCCGAGGCCAUCGCACGGUUGGCCGCUUGGGACUUCAGCUCCCCGACCGGCCUUGCUGAGGGUUGGGACCCGGGCGACGAUCCGGCCGGCCUCACCGCACCGACCCAGGACGAGAUCGACGCCAGCGUUGCCGCCACCAUCUACUCGGCGUGGCGCGGCCAAGCGGUACAGCGGGUGAUCGACGCGCCGCUCGAUGCCCUCGGUGUCGGCGGCUUCAGCCCUGGCAGCUCGCUGUCGAUGACGGCGUUACGCAACCUACUCGACAACUUCGGUGCCAACCAGGGCGUCGGUGCUUCGGGGAUCGACUUUUUCCAGCUUGUCCCGGUGCCAGGAACGUCUCAGCCGCCGCCGGUGCGACGUGACCUGGCGCUACUCGGUGCCCUUCGCGACGCCCUCGAUUUGUUGGCCAGCGACACCUUCGCCGACGCCUAUGGCAACUCCAAGAACCAGGACGACUACCGCUGGGGCUAUCUGCACCGGAUCGUCUUCGACCAUCCGCUCGGUGGGCCGUUCAACCUACCGCCGGCUGGAGGUCCCGACAACCUGUCACCCGAGCUUGCAGGCUUCGCCCGUGCCGGUGGUUUCGGCGCCCUCGACGCCUCCUCGCACAGCUCGCGAGCCGACGGCAUCAACGAGUUCAUGUUCGGCAGCGGCCCGGCGCGGCGCUUCGUCGGCGAGAUGACCCCCGCUGGCCCGGACUCGCGCCAGGUCACUCCCGGUGGUGUCAGCGGCGUUGUCGGCAGUCCCUACCAGGCCGACCAGUUGCCGCUGUGGCUGAGCAACAGCUACCACCCGAUGCGGCUGACCCCACAGUCGGUGUUGCAGGGUAGCCGGACCUUCCAGCGGUUCGUGCCGGUGCCGGCUGGGGAUGGUUGA